UUAUCGUUAUCGUAAAACGUCUUCUUCUUCCAGGCCGCCCAUUUAUUAUUGGUUUGAUGGAAAUCUUGGACAACUUUUGAAAAUCGUGGCGCAGUGUGUUUAUUAUUGGACAACUUUUGAAAACCGUGCGCAGUGUGUUAUGAAAUCGCGACCGCGUGCGUGAGUCCAAAAAUAGCUGGAAAAUAUUGGAAAAUCAAGUGGCUGGAAAGCAAAACCUCGAAACGCAAAAAUCCGCAACUUCAAAACUUCUGGCCCAAAGAGUGGCACCACCAAAGAGUUAUUAUUAUUAUUUAAAAAAAAACACCCAGUAACACUAUUUCAUAUUGAUCGGAUUAAUGUUCAUGCAAUCAAACUAAUCAGUCUUAUUCUGAGCAACUUAAUAAGUAUCAGUUUGUUCCCACACACACACACGCACACACAUGCUGUUUAAGUUGGCAAUGAGAAACUUACGCCGUUUAACAAACACUUUGCAGUACCACCGCCAAUUAACAAGCAGAUCCGAAACAACAGACACCUUUAGAUAUCCAAAUCACAUUGCCCAAGUGGCAAUCGUUAACGACUCUCGCCGACUGUCACUAAAAUCGGGCGAAAUACCCAAACACGGCCAGGGCAGCCAAACCGCCCCUUCAAGGAUAUACCCCAUCCACAUUGGUGCCCCAAAUUGCCAGCGAAGCAGGAGGAACAAAGGCAACCGUAGGCUAAGUUGCUCCUAUGCCAGUUUAGGCAGAAUGCAGGCCACGCCCAGCGAAGAUGCACAGCCGCAGGAUCCGCUCAAGUCCUUCGAGAGGGACUUUUGCGACCUGCCGCCCUACCAAUGCGAGAUGAGUGAUUCUGCGCCCAAUACCCCAGGACCCUGUUCGACAUCGGCUCUGCCCAAAAAGUAUUACCGCUAUGCGGCCCACAGAGUGUUUGUGAACAGAUCGCUGCAUUUGGAGAAUAUCAAGUACUAUGGCUUCGAUAUGGACUACACCUUGGCAGAGUACAAGUCACCGCAGUAUGAGCAGCUGGGCUUCAACCUGGUCAAGGAGCGCCUGGUCUUCAUGGGCUACCCCAAGGAGAUCCUGCAGUUCGAGUACGAUCCCACCUUCCCAGUACGCGGCCUGUGGUUCGACACUCUCUACGGGAAUCUGCUGAAAGUGGAUGCCUACGGCAACAUCCUGGUCUGCGUUCAUGGCUUCGAGUUCAUCAAACAUCACCAGGUGUACGAGUUGUAUCCCAACAAGUUCUUGAAACUGGACGAGUCGCGUGUCUAUGUCCUGAAUACUCUCUUCAAUCUUCCUGAAACCUAUCUCCUUGCCUGUCUCGUCGACUUCCUAACCAACAGCAGCGACUUUGUGCGCGUUGAGCGCGGCAUCAAAGCUGGCGAUUUACUUUUUACCUACAAGUCGAUUUUCCAGGAUGUGCGACGUGCCGUCGACUGGGUGCAUUCCGAUGGCGAUCUGAAGCGUCGCACCACUCAGAAUAUGGCUCACUAUGUGAAGAAGGACGAGCGUUUGCCCACGGUCCUUUCGCGAAUCCGGGAGUCGGGCGCCAAACUCUUUAUGCUGACCAACAGCGACUAUACGUACACCAACGAGAUCAUGACCUACCUGUUUGAUUUCCCCCAUGGCGCCACUCCGGAUGAGCCGCAUCGCGACUGGAAGACCUACUUCGAUGUGAUCGUGGUGGAUGCCCGCAAGCCGCUCUUCUUCGACGAGGGCACCGUGCUGCGGCAGGUGGACACGAAGACCGGAAGCCUGAAGAUCGGCACACACGUUGGACCCCUGCAGCCGGGUCAGGUUUAUUCCGGUGGCUCCUGCGAGCUCUUUACCAAGUUCAUCAAUGCCAAAGGCAAGGACGUGCUCUAUGUGGGCGAUCACAUUUUUGGCGAUAUUCUCAAAUCGAAGAAGAUUCGAGGCUGGCGCACCUUCCUAAUUGUGCCCGAAUUGGUGAGGGAGCUGCACGUUUGGACGGAUGAGUGCCAGCUGUUUGCGGAGCUACAGAACCUGGACAUCAAGCUGGGCGACCUGUACAGGGAUCUCGACUCGAGUGCCAAGGUCAAGCCGGACAUUUCGCAGCUGCGCACGUGCAUCCGCGAUGUGACACACAAGAUGGACAUGUCCUACGGUAUGAUGGGCUCACUCUUCCGCUCCGGCUCGCGCCAGACCUUCUUCUCCAGCCAGGUGGUGCGAUAUGCCGACGUCUAUGCGGCCACCCUGCUCAACCUCAUUUACUACCCAUUCUCGUAUAUGUUCCGAGCUCCGGCCAUGCUUCUGCCCCAUGAGUCGACGGUGGCCCAUGAUCAGGCCCAUCAGCCGCCUCCGCCACUGGGCCCUGUUCCUGUUCCGGCUACGGGAGCCGCAUCGGUGGCUGCCUCGCCGGAUGAGCCGGCUCGCAUUUUGGCGGGCACCGCCGAGCACGUUAAGGACCCCAAGGACUUGCAUCGCGCAAGCUCCAUUGUGCACACUCGUCCGUCGACGCCCACCGUGGUGACCCACACCCAUGACGAGGACUAUUCCGAGGAGGAGGAGACACCCAGUGGUGCCGAGUCUUCCACAGAGGCUGUGCGCGAUGCCUCCGAAGACUAGAUGAUGCCACAGCCGCCCUUCUGGAAUGGAAUGUUUGGAUCAACGAAUUUUAUUCUCAAACUUCCCCAAUGCCCCCAUUAGCCUUGCAAACCCUUACCCGAAAUCCACACCGUGGUCGAAGCAAUUAUGAAACGUACGAUUUUCCCUGGCGAUUUUACCCAAGCACAGAUAUGUGAAACUAUAUACCAUAACCGAUAUAUAUAUAUAUACAUUAUACAUUAUAAAUUAGCUGGUUCCAU